AUGGCACCAGUUGCUGCACUUGCUCCCGCUGUUCCGCCCGCUUUGACCACAUGCAAAAGCAUAUCUGCAAGCCCGUCUAUCGCUUCUCUGGUUAGAAAUACUAAAUCUUCAAUUGCUUCACGCCAACCACUUCAAGUUUCAGGACUGUUAGACAGUCUAUAUGAGUUUGACGAGUUGACGCCUGGACUUGGACGAUUGUAUCCAACAAUUCAGCUUAGGGACCUGAUAUAUCAUGAAAAGGCUGAUGAGCUGAUCCGAGACUUGGCUAUAAUCAUUUCCCGACGAGGUGUUGUGUUCUUCAAAAAUCAAGAAUUAUCUGCAGACGAGCAAAAGUUCGUGACCGAUCGUCUCGGUCAUCUGACGGGCAAACCGGCCACCUCGGGGCUUCACAUUCACCCCGUAUACAACGCUGAACGGGUAGGAAAAGAUCAGGUUGUGGAUGAAAAGGGUACUCAAAACAAGGAUAAUGAAAUUAGUGUGAUAUCGAGCAAUCUACAUCGAUCAUUGGACGUUGAGCCUCGUUCGGGUGCAGACGAAUGGCACAGCGAUAUUGCCUUUGAGCCAGUUCCAGCUGAUUAUACUUCUUUGAAAGUUCACACACUCCCACAGACCGGUGGUGAUACCAUGUGGGCAAGUGGGUAUGAAGUGUACGAUCUCUUGUCACAACCAUUUAGGAACAUGUUCGAGAAAUUGAAAGGCUUUUACUAUCCACCGGAGUUUAUUAACUCGGCUGCACGGCAUGGCUAUGCACUUUAUCCAGGGCCGCGUGGAGCAGCCGAAAAUGUGGACACACACCUAACUGCGGAACAUCCCUUGAUUAGGACAAAUCCGGUGACGGGUUGGAAGUCUGUAUUUGGCAUUGGGCACCAUUUCAAUCGCAUUCUUGGUGUAUCUCUUGACGAAAGUGACAUGCUUAAGAGAUAUAUUCGAGACCUAGUGACACAAAACCACUCAACACAGCUUCGGUAUCGAUGGGGCAAGAACGAUUUGGCCAUUUGGGACAACCGAUCAACGUAUCAUGCUGCAACGCCGGAUUACUUUGAUUUGGGUCCUCGCUCGGGGAUCCGGGCUGUAUCUUGCGGAGAACGGCCAUUCUUCGACCCUGCUAGCCGUUCGCGGCGUGAAGAGUUGAAAGGAAAACUUGUAUAA